GACUGAGCCGCUCCACCGCCACGUCGGAGGAAGAGCGAAUGCACCCGCAACGUGCAGAUGGAAAGGAUCACAGAGAUUGAGUAACAUUGCAGAAACCAAGUUGUAAUGAAUUGUUACCCUGCCGUGGAGAUGGAGGCUCGCGUGUUGCUGCUACUUUUCACCCUGAGCUGUCUGCUCGCUGCUGCGGGGGCUGCUGAUGUGACUGAGCCGCUGGGGGAGAGCGGCUCCGCCGCCGCCCCAGGGGAAGAGCAACUGUACCCGCAACGUGCAGUUGAAACAAAUGCCUGUCUGCACCACAUAUCAGAUGCAGGAUGUGAUACUUUUCAAUGUCUGGAAAACACAACCUCUAAACUAGAUGACCCCUUGCAUGAAAUCUGCACAGACUUUCUUCAGAAUGCAGGCAAUUUUGAUAUACAGGGAAAACAAUUCAAAGAUUUCCUGAAGUGCAGUGCCAUUGGGAUCAAGUCCAGAUUCAGCAGCAGUGUUACCAGAUGUGCUGCAGUGCAAAGGAUCCUUGUUCAUGUGCAAGCAAAAUGUUACCAGCAACAUAACAUCUGUGCUGCAUCAAACAGCAAUAUUGAUGCUUUAGUGAACACGAUUGAUCUUAACAAAAUACAUAUGAAUGGGGCAUACUUGGAAUAUGUGAGGUUCCUGUUUGACUGUGGUAACAACAUUACUGUUGCCAUAAGAAGUCAUCUGCAGUCUUGACUUGGUUCAUCUUUUAGUAUUCUGAGGGAAUUAUUGCUAGAUUCUUGUACCAUAAUGGAGACAAACCUUCAUCUAUUACUGAAGGACAUGUUCUACUUGAUGACAAUACCACUCAAGAAGACAACUGGAAAUGAGGAAACAAAAGAGCCUAGAUGCGGGAUUAACUGUUGUGGUACACAGUAAUGAGAUGCUAUUAGUGCAUUUGACUUGCUUGCUGUGAAUAUCUGGUGUUGGUGAAUUUUAAAGUCAUUCAUUCAUGCAUGAUCAACUCUUCAAAUGAUACUUGAUACCCAUUUCAAAUGCCACUAACUGCCCUGGAUGUUUUUGAUUGCUGUUAGCACAAUAUACCUCCCAAUUUCUGAUUGCAUUAUUUCCUGACAUUGUAAGAACUGGAAAAGAUGUUGUACAAAUGUUUGCUCAAGUGACAUUAAACAUUGGUUCAUUUC